AAGAGCGCAUGCAUUACAAUACGCGGCAACGAGUAGCAUCGCGGUAGCAAGUAGCAUCGCGUCAUUGCUGUACUAAAAACUAAAAAUUGCCGUAUUCGUAUUCCGCCAUUUUGAAAGCUGCGAGUGGAAUUUGGACGCGUUGCUGGAUUUCAAUUGCUCGAUUUCAAUAUGAAGCGCCAAAAAUGAUUGCAGCACCGUUUGCAUCGUCUUCGUCUUGAAAAAGGUUUUUUUCCCAUUGAUUUAAUUAAAGCCAUCGAAAGCGUGCGGUCGAAAGGGGACCAACCAAGACAUAGCAAGAACGCGAGUCCACAAAACCAUAAAAAGGACAGAAUCCCAGUCUAAGAGUAUACCAAUUGCGCCCAGCGCCUGCCCCCUCUCCUAAAACGGAAAACACAGAGGAAACAAUCAAAAGGAUACAGCAACGGAUAGCAGUGACACAGCAGCAGCAGCAGCAGCAGUGCCAGGUGCCAGUGCCAGUGACAGUGACAGACAGAAGUACGAUUACAACAAAAUGGACAAGAAUCUGAUGAUGCCGAAGCGCUCGCGCAUUGACGUUAAAGGCACCUUCGCCAACGGGCCACUGCAGGCGCGUCCGCUGGUGGCCCUGCUGGACGGCCGGGACUGUUCGAUCGAGAUGCCCAUACUGAAGGAUGUGGCCACGGUUGCCUUCUGCGAUGCACAAAGCACCUCCGAAAUACACGAGAAGGUACUCAACGAGGCAGUCGGGGCACUGAUGUGGCACACCAUCAUCUUGACAAAGGAGGAUCUUGAGAAGUUCAAAGCUUUACGCAUCAUCGUGCGCAUCGGCAGCGGCACAGACAACAUCGAUGUGAAGGCAGCGGGCGAACUGGGCAUCGCCGUGUGCAACGUUCCCGGCUACGGUGUCGAGGAGGUGGCCGACACAACGAUGUGCCUGAUCCUGAACCUAUACCGGCGCACAUACUGGCUGGCGAAUAUGGUGCGCGAAGGCAAAAAGUUCACGGGCCCCGAGCAAGUGCGGGAGGCAGCGCAUGGCUGUGCCCGCAUACGCGGUGAUACCUUAGGCCUAGUCGGACUGGGUCGCAUUGGCAGCGCCGUGGCCUUGAGAGCAAAAGCAUUUGGCUUCAAUGUCAUCUUCUACGAUCCCUACCUACCCGACGGCAUUGAUAAGUCACUGGGCCUCACACGCGUCUACACGCUGCAGGAUCUGCUAUUCCAGUCCGACUGCGUCUCACUGCAUUGCACGCUCAACGAGCACAAUCAUCAUUUAAUCAAUGAAUUCACAAUUAAACAGAUGCGACCUGGUGCAUUUCUGGUGAACACCGCCCGCGGCGGUCUGGUCGAUGACGAGACAUUGGCGUUGGCGCUGAAACAGGGCCGGAUAAGAGCUGCCGCAUUGGAUGUGCACGAAAACGAACCUUACAAUGUAUUUCAAGGCGCCCUCAAGGAUGCCCCCAAUCUGAUUUGCACACCGCACGCCGCCUUCUUCAGCGACGCGUCCGCCACGGAGCUGCGCGAAAUGGCAGCCACUGAGAUCCGGCGAGCAAUCGUCGGCAAUAUUCCAGACGUGCUGAGGAAUUGUGUCAACAAGGAGUACUUCAUGCGCACGCCGCCCACCGCUGCGGCCGGUGGCGUUGCGGCGGCUGUUUAUCCCGAAGGAGACAACACGGCGCGUUAGACUCUCAACAACCACAUCUAUAAAUAGAAGGAAAGAACUACAAUUAACAUUAAAGCAUAGUCUAUGUACAUUUAAAAUAUAAACAGAAAUUAUAUUAAAGCAAAAACAAAAAACAAAAAAACCCAACAACAAAACGAAAAAAAAAGAAAAGAAAAGAAUAAUACAUGUAAUAUUAAUGAACCUAGAUUUACCUUUAUGAUCGAUGAUCGAUGAUUGACGAGGAACGGAUGGAAGGGAUAUUAUGGGAUCAUCAGAGAGUGGUCCUGGCCUCCUUCCCCCCCUCUCCCCACCCCCCAUUAAACUUUGUUAGCGUAUAAAUUGUAAUAUUAUUUAAAGGAUUAACGAGAUAUGUUUACAUACAUUUAACGAAGGACGCGCAACAAUUGUGAGAGUAUCAUUUUGUACAAUUUUGCAAUUUAAGUUUAAACGAAAGAACGAACGAGAGAAAAGCUUCAAGCAGUGGGCCAGCCCAGCCCAUGCCCAUCUGCAUAUAUUGGACAGAGUUUCCUUAGAUUUUUUUUGGAACCAUCUUUAUUUAUCUACUCGUUGUAUGCACACGCAGAUCCAAUCGUUUUCCUUAAUUAAGCAAGCUAUUUCAUUAUUGCAUUAGUUUAGUGUCCAUCCACCCGCUCCCGGCCCACUCUACUCCACUCCACUCCGUUUUUUGGUUUGUUUGUUGUUUUGUAGGGAUGCAAAUUUUGUAAUAUUUGAAUACAUUAACAAGCACAAAGCAUACACACACACACACAUACAGACAACAGAUACCCAUGCCACACACACAAACACACACGCACACACACACACACGCGAUCCUACUAUAUAGCAAGCUGCAACACAACAAAUGAGCAAAGUAAAACAUAAAUAAGCAUAAGCUAAACGUAAAAGUAAAGAGUAACGAGUAAAGAGUAACGAGUAAAAAAGUAAACGUAAUGAGUAAUGAGUAAAUGAGACAAAAGAAUAAAAUACUGUUAUUUUGUAAUGUAUAAAAGGAUAUUUUUAAUAACUGUGAAAGCUAAAUAAAAUUAAAGCGUAACAAUUGACGAUGAAAAUGAA